AUGGAAUAAGAAAUAAUAGACUGGGCAAAUACAUUCGAAAACACAAAGAGUAUUGAUGAUCUAAAAACAGGUAUCUUUUGAUAAAAAUCAAAGGUGUCGCAUUAUGUUAGAUAAUAUCGAAAGAAUUAUUUUAAGACAAAAGAUAAUGUGAAUUAAAGAUAAGAGUAAUAAAUUGCACAAAACAAGACUAUUAAAGUUGUAUAAGAAAUUUAACAUUUGCUUUAUCUUUGUUAGAAGAAAGUCAAUAAAUAUCAGUGAAGCAUUUAACUGGAUAAAUGCUAUACCAAAAUCCAUUAAAGAUUUUUUAGAUUCUAUAAUAAUUUUAUAGAUCAAAAUCUGUAUCAUCAGCUUCAUCAAAACCUCCCAAAGCACCUCAAAAAUAAGAUGAUCCGUUAUUCUAUGUUGAUGAAAACUUAGUCUAACCAAAUUAAUCAAUCUAGAUUACAUCUAAUGAAGAGAUUAUUGCAAAUAAAUACAAAAUGAUUAAACCAAAUAGUCCUUAUUAAGAGACUAAUAAUUAUCAAUAAAGAUCAUAAACUCAUUAAACAGAAUAUGCUGAAACUUCAAAUCGAUCCAAACCAUAAAAUUAAUCAAAUGAUUCUAUUAGUAAUCUGACACCUAUUAAAUCUAAUAAAGAGUCAUACAAUUAAAAAUUAAAGAAUGAACUUUAAGUGUUAGAAAAUCAAAUAGUAAAAGAAUAAUAAAAUCUAUAAUAAAAAUAAAAAAGAGAAAACAAAUCAAAACAUAGUUAAGAGAGCUAUAGUUAACAUGAAUAAGUAAAUUAGGAUUACAUAUAUAAUUAAUAAUAAUAAUAAUAAUAAUUAUAAUAAUAAUAAUAAUAAUAAUAAUAAUAAUCAUAAUAAUAAAAUUCUAUUACUAUAGAAUAAAAAUAAUAAUUAAUUGAAUGGCUUAAAUAAAUACGAUUAAUAAAAUCAAAUGCAUAAGGAUUGGAAAAUAAACUGCCAAAAAUCUGUAAAAAUGGAGUUAUUUUUUUUGAUUUAAUAAAUAGACUAACUGGUAGAGAUGAAGUUCUAAAAGGAGCUUUAAGAAAUCCAAAAAGUAUAAGAGAAAUCAGACAUAAUUAUAGAAGGGUACUUGAGUACUUAAAAUAACUUGAAAGAAUGAGUUAUAAAUACUUAAAUUAAGAAUAAUAGUUAGUUGAUGGAGAUGAGGAAACUUUUUGGGGUUUGAUGCAUGAUAUAAAAGUUUAUUAUACUAAUUGUGGAAAUGUUGCAAUAGCUAAUCAUUCUUAAUCUGUUGAUACUACAUUAAGAUAGACUUAGAAAUAAUAACCAAUUUAAUAAAAUACAUAAUCAUUUUAAUAACAUUCUUAAUCUAAAUUACAACAAUAAAUAACACUUUCUUAAAAAAAGUAGUAGCAUAAACAAUCCUUUGCAGAUACUUAAUUAGAAAUUACAAUAGAUUAGCCCUAAUAAUCAAAAUCUGUAAAGCCAAGUACUGCAAAUAGAUCUCCUGUUGGACCAUAUUCAAGAAUUCAUAAUAUGAAAUAAGAAUAUGAUAGUGUUAAUAGAUCAUUGAAUUCUCUAAUGAAAAAAUCUAAUAUUGGUUCUUAAAAUGGCACUCCUGUUAAUUAAUCUCUACAACAUUCUAGAAAUUUUAGUAGCUCAAAAUAAUAAUAAAAAGCUAGAUCUACAUCAAUGAGCAAAAAUUGUGUGACUAGAGAAAUGGAAUUAUAUGUUUAAACUUAUUUUAAAUAAAAAGGUCUUUAUAAUAAUGAUAAGUAUGUUUUUUAUUAUAUUUAGUCUGUUUACAGAUCCUAUUCGUAAUGGAAAUUAUAUAUUAUAAUUAUUAGAAUAACCAAUCACAAAUAACAAUUUUAAAUCUAUUUUAGAAGUUGAAUUUAAUGUAGAUUCUGCUUUAUAAGCAACAAAAGCCAUAGUAGAUGCUGGAAAUUUACCAGCUUGGAUUGGGAAAAUAAAUAAAUCAAGUAUUAUGUAGUUAGAUAAAUCUGCUAUGGGUUUAUAUUGGUGGCUAUUAAAAUAAUAAACUAAAAAGAUAGAACCUAUUACUAAUUCAUUUACACUACCAUACAGAUAAGAAGAGAUUGAUUAAUUGAAACUGAUAACCCUUCAUUUUGCUAGAGAAUAUACAUCUACUAUAUAGAAUUUUAAUGAUCUAAUUUUCUAAUGUUAAACUGGAAUUUUGCUAUGUUAAGUUGAAACAGAAAUAUUUUAAUAGAAAAUUACUCCAAUUUACACUAAACCUAUUGGAGAAAAACAAUGUAUUGCAAAUAUUAGAAAGGCUUUGGAUUAUUUAAAAGGUAAACCUAUUGGAUAAAGAUUUGUUUGGUCAGAAAAAUUAAUAUAUGAAGGAGAUUAAUUGAUAAUUUUAGGAUUAUUUGAAGAUUUAAGGAGAUAUUUUGAUGGGCUACCUUAAAGAUAAGGGGAUUCAUAUUUUGAAGAUGGCCCUUAUCUAAAAAAGUCUAUUGUUUAAAGCAAGGGUAUAUCUAAAAUAGGGAAUUUAAUUUAGUAAGAACCCUUUUCUCUCAUUUAAAAAGAAAGUAGUUUUGCUUAACCAUAAUAAGUAAGCAAAAAGCUAAUUUUUGAUGACCCACCUUAAUUUGAAUGGCUCAAUAAUUUUGGUUUCAAAAUAAAUUGGAAUAAUGAUAUUUUGGAAGAAUUCAAAGAUGGGUAAUUAUUUUAAAUAAUCAAAUAGUAUUAUUAUUUGUUCUAUAGUGUAAAAGCUAGAAAAUAUCUAAUUUAAAGGAUUAUAAUAUAAACCUAAUACUAAUGCAGGUUGUUUGGUAAAUAUAAGAAAGGCUUUCAGUGUUUUGAAAGAUAAAUUAGAUAUGCCUUUAGAAUUAGUUAUAGAAUAAGAAAAAUUGCUAAAAGGAGAUAAAGAAUAUAUUAUAAAAUUACUCACUGCUUUCAAAAAUAUUUACAAAAACAAAUUAAAAAGUAAAUGA